ACAGCCACCACAAACAUUCCCGCUCAACCCCCAAACACACUCCACUAUACCCUUUAUUACAAUCCCCAUAACAAAUCAAUCAUCAUGCCCGGCGCAAAGUACACAGAGACCUACAAGAAGGUCAGCACCAUGGGCGAGAAGCUCAAGGCUGCUGGCAAGCAGGGACCUAGCAACGAUGAGCAAUUGAAUUUGUACGCGUAUGCCAAGGUAGCAGAGGGCAAGGACUUUGCGGCUGCCGAGAAGCCUGGCAUGUUCAAUCUUGCUGGCAAGGCCAAGUACAACAAGUGGAAGGAGGUUGUCGAAGCCGGUACCUCGCAGAAGGAGGCCGAGGCGAAAUACGUCGAGUUGGCCGAGCAGAUACUCGCAAAGCACGACAAUUAGGCGGAUUCGAGUAAGGUCAUGGAUACAGUUCCCGAGGGCAAGUUUGAACGCGAAGGUACAUAUAUCGCGAAAGACUACGGCAGAACAUGAAUGAAACGACAUACAUGCCUGGACAACAUUCUUAUUGAACUAUCUUACAGCCAUUUUCAAGUAUAUACUCUGAUAAGUUAUAGUUAGCAGUCAUUAGCAUGGCCGCAGCGAUCUGCAUAGCGUUCUUGAAGCCUUCAGUUUCCGUAUCCAC